UUUAAACCCUUGACAGCACCUUACGGCAGCAGGCACAUCACCUAUUCUUUUUGCAUAAUUCUCAAUCCCAUUUCUGAAUUCGAAGACAUGAAUUUUCUUCGUAGCGGAAAGGUUCAACUGGUUCUCUUCAUUUUUAUCCUUAUCAUCGGUCUCACAGCCAAAAAAUGUCGUGAACUCAAUGAUGAUGAGCAGGCUCCUCAUAAAACUAGGCCCCAGCAAUAUAAUUGCUUCGACAUGAGAACUGGGAGUGCGGUAUGCAUUGCGGAGACUGCCAUGAAGGCUUAUUAUUUGAUGAGGUACAAUCUGGACCCUGAACAAAGAAGUAAACCUGGAGUUGCUUUUGUAUCGAAACACAAUUUGGCACCCUACGUCGGUUCCGGGUGGGAUCUGUUUGGGAGCCUUCCAUUUCAUAGUCACCCCAAAGGAGAGUUAACCAGUAAGGCUAUUGGAGCUUUUAUUGGAGACAAUGUGGGGCGUUUUGUUGCUGAAAAGUGGGUCGGGGGUGAGACUAAUUGUGUUGCAGCUAAAGAUACUGGGGGACUGAACAAGGUCAGGUUGGCGUUUGUGUCGGGGAGUUUACUGGGGGGUUACGUAGGACGAGAAGUUGGGGUUAUGGCGUAUGAUGUGUACCACGGGUUUGAGCAUUUGUAUAAUUACCUUUUCCAUCAUCAAGAAGAAAAGUCUCCAAGCCCUGCUCUUGAUCGGGAGCUGUGAAAAGCUGCAAACAGAAAAUUAAGAUUAACCGGUUUAGGAUUCAACUUAAUUUGCUGUGUUUGCUACUAAACCGGCGAAGGCCAUGGACCUUGCCCGUCACAAAUUAUAGUUGCAUGUAACUACGUAAAUGUAAAGCAAGGGAUGUAAUGUAAAAAUUAAUUGUUGUAGAUA